AUGUCUAUGGUUGAAUUCAAAAAUACAAUUUAUGAUGUGAGAAACUAUGGUGCCAAUGGCAAUGGAAAAUCUGAUGAUUCUAAGGCUUUAAUGGAUGCAUGGAAUGACAUAUGUGGAAGACAAGGGACACCAACUCUCUUGAUACCACAAAAUAGAGUGUUCUUGGUGAAGAGGAACAUAAUCAUGAAAGGUCCAUGCAAGGCCACAAAUAUUAAUAUUCAGCUUCAAGGAAAAAUAGUGGCAUCACAGAAGAAUGCAUGGCAAGGUGAUAAAUCUACGGUGAUUUAUUUCACAAACAUAAACGGUCUUAGAAUUGUUGGAAAAGGAGGAUUAAUCGAUGGUUUUGGUUCCUCUUGGUGGCCAUGCAAAAACUGUCAAAGACCAGCGGUCCUUGGUUUCAAUGCAUGCAAUGGUCUCAGUGUUAGUUAUCUGAGAAUCACAAAUAGUCCACAAGCUCACAUAACCAUAAAUGAAUGUGACGGUGCCAUAUUCUCACAUAUUAGCAUUCGCUCUCCUGCUGAUAGUCCUAACACUGAUGGAAUUGACAUUUCUUCUUCCAAAAAUAUCUUCAUAAAAGAUUCCAACAUAGCUUCUGGUGAUGACUGCAUUGCAAUCAUAGGUGACUCGUCUUACAUUAAUGCCACUGGAAUUGCUUGUGGACCAGGCCAUGGAAUAAGCAUUGGUAGCCUGGGUAGAAACAAUGACAACGUGGAACAAGUUCGUGUAUAUAAUAGCAGCUUCACGAAAACUACAAAUGGAGCAAGAAUCAAGACAUUUUCGGGUGGAUCAGGUUAUGCGAAAAGAAUCACAUUUGAGAAAAUCACAUUAAACCAAGUUUACAACCCAAUAAUUAUAGAUCAACACUAUAAUGACAUAAUGAAUGGAGGAGGAGGAGUCCAACUGAGUGAGGUGACAUUUCGUGGGUUUCGAGGAACAUCUGCAAACGACAGAGCUAUUAAUUUAGCUUGUGGUUCACCAGGUUGCUUCAACAUUGUGUUGGAUGAAAUCAAAAUUGUUUCUUCCCAACCAGGAAAACGAGCUUCUUGUUCUUGUACUAAUGUUCAUGGAAGAUCCACAUCCACUGUUCCAAAUUGUAAUUACUCAUUGAGAUGA